AUGUCGCCAUCUUUGGCUGCACUGGACAGGACUGGUCUUAUCGACAACGAAAAGCGACGUUUCACACUUGGGGAGGGAUUCUACGACGUUCAUGACAAUCGCGAUGACAGCGACUACUUCGUACAUUGCUCCCAUCUGUACAUCGCAGCGAUUGGCCAAUACGACAACGUGUUUCGUGCCCUUGCUCACGAAGACCCUUUGAUGCUGGUGUUGCCAGUACUCGAAAUAUAUACAACCUUUAUUUGGGGAGAUCUUGAGGUGCAGGACAGGUGCAUUGGCUUCGUGAGGCAGAGCUGGAAGCAACGGCAAACCCUACUAGAGAGAUCCUGGAAUCGGCUGCGGGUUCUGAAGCAUGAAGGAGGCCGACCUUUCGAAUGCUUCCGGAAAUACGACCGAGAUCACAACAAGGGACGAGCACAACAAAAGGCAGCCUGCAUUGAUCUGUUCCAGAGAUGGGAUUGCAUCAUAAAGGAGAUCGACCGCACAGAGCAACUUGCUCGAGACUACCUUCAAGCGUACGUCGGCUGGCUGAGUCUCGAAGAGUCGCGCGCAUCUAUCAAGCAGUCCAAGAUAGCGUUGGAGGAAGGCAAGCGCACGAAAUUGAGUAAGUACCGGCACAGUGCCUGA